AUGCGUUUCACAACCACCAGCAUCCUCACCCUGACCCUCAGCACAGGCACCCUAGCAAAAUGGUACGGCUACUGCCUCGACAAGAACAACAACGGCGCCCUGACCAUCUUCAAUGACGCAGCGGGCAAGGAAGCGUGCGAAAUGCACGUGAAUACGGGAUUCGGGCCUAAGGUCUGUACGGAUUGCGUGUGGAGGCCCCGGGAUGGCGAUGGACAGUGUCAUAGUAAGGAUGGCCUCAUUGAGAGUAGCGCUUUUGAUAUGUUUUGUAGGACUGCUGGUGCUGCUGGUUCUAUGACGUCUGACUGA